UGCUUAUCAGGCGUGAAGCGCUUGCAGACAACAAAAUUUCGCUAGUGACAUCUUACAUUUUUUGCCGUUUACUUAAAAUUCCGUUGACUAAUACGAACUCACUCUUACGAUAAUCGCAUCUAAUAUCGAUCUUGACUCGGAGUGAGGAUUUUACUAGGCCUUUGCUCACCGAUCUCUUGUCCACCAUUCACAUUAAUGCCGCAGUUGCUGACGUGUUAUGAGGAAAAAGUUUGCACAUCAUAGUUUUGUUUCAUAGACAAUUAUCUGUUUGAAAUAUUAAGACAAAAGUGCAUACGCAUAUUUCCAUUAUUAACUUAUAACAAUGAUGAAUAAAAACAACGGCGGAUUUUCACUCCAAUCAAUGGAAUCUAAAUCAUGGUUUCUACAUAAAGAUUCUACUGAAGAUAUCGGAAGUUCCGGAAAUAGGAAGCCGAAUUGGACUGCUCAACGUAUAAUUCUUUUUACUAUGGACACGAUUAACCAUAUAUUGAUUGUAUUGGUGACAUUAUAUAUUGUAUAUCACGCAGCGAAGAAAUAUCUUUCUGUAACAAAUGUACAUGUAAUCCUCUGCACUAUCGGUUACGUUUUAUUGAUGUCGGAGGCAACUCUUAUCCUCGCCAGUGACAACAUGCUGACCGCUUCUUUAUCGCGUCGUGUCAACAAACAUCUUCAUUGGAUUCUUCAAGCCAUUGGGCUAAUCUUGACUUUGGUCGGCGUAGGCGUGAAGUAUAACGUCAAAUCAGUACACUUCCUUUCAAUUCAUAGUAUUACAGGCAUCUCUUCAUUGGUUAUUAUCUGCAUAGUAACUCUUCUCGGAUAUCCGGUAUGGAUCGCAUGGAAACUUCGUAAGUUCGUACGACCAAUGAUUAUCAAAUUUUUUCAUAAUUUUCUGGCCACUAUCGGCUUUAUCAUCGGUAUGAUCUCGCAAUGUUACGGUUAUAAAAAAGCUUGGGUAUAUGAAGUAGAAAUGAAGCACGCCGACGAUAUGCUACUUAUACUCACAAUAUUGAUCACAAUAUUAUCUUUAAGGGGUGCGCUCAACUCUCUUUAUAGACAAGCCACCACUUAUCUAAAAUUAAUUUGCUCUUUCACCUAA